GCUAGCCUUAGAGCAGAUCUCAAGGCAUCUAAUAUUCAUACAUCCCUCCGGGCCAAUACGCCACUUUCAAGUGUUGGGUUACCGGACUUGAAAUGACGGUCUGUUCUCAUCUGCAUGCGCCUGACUUCAAAGCGCUCCACCAGAUGAUUAAAUCUAUUGAAAGUUGACAUAUUGGAUUUUUCUAAUUUCGCAGUCGCUUUUCUCGAGUGCUUGCUGGUUUCUCGACAGACACAGUUGUCAGCUUAAAUCCCAUCACACAAAUCGGAAACUGACAUCGGAAGUGAAGGGUUUUGAUGGCAUAGUGGUUGAUGUUCAUUAAGGGCGACUGGAACCCCCCCAAACGUGGGUCAUCAAUUACAUCCAUAUCAAGUGUCUUAAAGGCUAGAUCCAGUCCUGUAGUUUCUCUUACCGCACGUACAAAGUAAAGAAAGAAAUACAAACAUCCAACCUCCUGUCGCCGUCAAACUUGAUCGCAAAAUUAAUGCAAGAAAAAUGUUUUCAAAAAGUUGACAGCUGAAAGGAAAACGCGUUGUUAACUGAGAACCCUAAAAAGAAACGCAAAAAUCGACGAAAACCGGUACAAGACUCAACUGAACCAGCUCACAGGCAAGACAUGAUAAACCUCUCUGGACUUUUAAGCAAUUUGCAGAAUAUGUUUAGUAUGUUCAUUAUGUAAAUCUAAAGACACACGAACAAACCCUUUGUCUGCAGCCUUUGUUCUGACCAGAAUGAAACCGGAAGUCACAUUGAGAGAGACUGUCUUCAGCAAGCAAUAUGGCGUUUUAAUAAACAGAUAAACAGACUGCACUUCGAACGUGGAAAAUUUCGCAAUCGGUAUUAGCUAUACAUCAGUCGAAGGUUUAGAGUAAUCCUAAGGUACACGGGUUAUCGUUUUGACCGUUUUUCCUUACCACGCACAACGCGAACGAGGAAAACGUAAAUAUCAAGCGAAGCAAAUCCAGCGAAGGGGCGUGUUAGUGACGUCACAAAUCACAAUAACACAGAUAUGGCUUUAGUUCGUGGGCGGUGAAUUGCAUUAGCUCGUUUUGUGGCUCAAGGCAGUCGUUGCAUUGUCAACUCAUUCGAGUGCUCCACGCGUGUCCUACAACGUUGUCAUCGAUCGCUCGCAAGCCGUGAGCCGUUACGAGCAGGGUUGAAAAAUUGUGCUUACCCACGCGGGCCGAGCCGAAGUGUAACGCGAGUUGGUAUUAUCUGCUGGCUGAAUGGAUAAGUUUACUGGCCAAUGUCUCGAUCAGUAAGAAUCCGGACUACUGGCGGAAAAAUUCCUUCAUUUCCUGCGCGUGCUGGCAGUACGUUGGCAACACGGAACUUUUGUUCGAUUUCUCUGGGCAUUCGAGAACAAUCAAUCGUGCAAGUUUUCAAUUAGGCGACUGUAUCUUUUCUAUCUUCGGUGUAGAUCGCCUGUCGUUCUCUCGCUCGCUGUGGCCAUAUGAUGGCGCUCGGAAUUCAUUCGCUGGAUGUGGGUGACUUCGAGGACGCCUGAUCCCGGCGAAAUUAAUCCAAAUUGUUUUACGAGACGUCCAUUUGAAUGGGGAUCAAUGUUUGAUGGCGGUAGAGACAGCGGUCACUCUUCACGAGAACCCACUGGAAAAGACAAUUGUUUGGGAGAAAAGGAGCGUGGAAAACGACUCAAAACAUCGCAUACGACCACAGAAUACUAUUAGCAAAAUUGACACGAUAGCGAAGAAGGAUGAAUAUCACUCCGAUUACUGUGUUAUCGCGGCCGCUACCAAGCGAACGUCGGCUACUACACCUCGCCAACCCAUCUUAGUCGCGGAUCGUGACAAUCGACUCCGUUUAUCGACACCCGCUACUAACAGGACGUUCAACGCAUUUGUUAGGAGGCACACGGGAGGAACUUUACGCGCUCCACCGUCACAAGUUGUAACUUCACAACCGCGACCCACAGGGCCGGCAACACCGGUGCAAUCGCGACCGAUGUGUCGCGGUAAUGUACUCCAAUGCAAACAUCAUGAAGAUGACGAUAUCAAGUUGUUUUGCUGUAAACGGGACGUGGACGUGUUAAUCGACUACGCAAGUUGUAUGUGCGGGGUCAAAGCAGUGUUGUAUCACUGCUCAAAGGAUUCCUUCAAUGAAGGCAGUGCGGCAGAACACCCGUGCUCCUGCGGUCCCCCUCGUAAAUCUUGCAUCGGUAGAUGGGGGUGCUUAGCGGCUUGUUCAUUCUUUCUACCUUGCCUCCUUUGCUAUGCACCUCUUAAAGGAUGUUCUGAAAUAUGUGUAUGUUAUAAAAGACAGAAAAUUGCAAGUAGGCAGCGACAAAGAAGACCCAAAGAUCCCGUCUGAAGUGUCAAUAACAGUGCGGGGCCAGGGUUAAUUUAUAAUUUAGCUAAGCGGGUUCGUAUCGAGCUCUCAAAUUGAAAUUUGUCUAUCAAAUACAUAUGCCUUAUUUAUACCCUCCUUGUAAAUAUCAAAUUUGUUUAAAGAAGGCCUUCUGUUUUAUAACUGUGAUAGUCAGCGCAUAAUUAUGCGAAGCUCUCUGGGGAAAAAUUAAAUCCUUUUACCUUCUGUUGUCACAUUGGCUAAGUAGCCGACUUGAUAGUAAAGUUAGAACAGCGUUUUCCUAGUAGCCAUUUUGUGGCUUUUCUGUGCAAUUUUUCCCCAAUUGGAUUCUUCGACACUAUUUCCACAAACUGAAAAAUUGUGUACAUGAAUUUUCUCAGAGAUAAACAAUUAAAAAUUCUUGUACAGUUUACAGC